UUACGUCACCCGAUCUUGUGAGAGAGCCCCGCCCCAACAGAAACUCCCAUGACGUCACAACAGAAGAACACGGAAGUUAAGCCAAGCGACGAAACAACACAGACACAAAAUUGAGUUGCUGUGUUCUUUUCUUGCCUACUACAGACAAGUCAUCGCAAUCCGCGAUGCCAAUAGGUUUCAAAGCGGAGAGGUUAAGAGUCAACCUCCGUCUUGUCAUCCAGAGACUCAAACUCCUUGAGAAAAAGAAAAGUGAACUCGCUCAAAAGGCUCGAAAAGAGAUCGCAGACUAUUUGUCAGCGGGAAAAGAUGAGCGGGCGCGGAUCCGUGUGGAGCACAUCAUCAGGGAGGACUACUUGGUGGAAGCCAUGGAGGUCUUGGAGCUUUUCUGCGAAUUGUUGCUGACACGCUUCGGGCUUAUUAAGUCCAUGAAGGAGCUGGAUCCAGGUUUGCAGGAGGCGGUGUCCACCCUUAUAUGGGCAGCCCAUCGCCUCGAGGCACAGGUGGCGGAGUUAAAGAUCGUAUCACAGCAGCUUUGUGCAAAAUACAGCAAGGAGUACGGCAAACUAUGCAUGACCAACCAGAUUGGUACGGUCAAUGAAAGACUGAUGAACAAAAUGAGCGUGGAGGCUCCUCCCAAGAUCUUGGUGGAGCGUUACCUGAUUGAGAUCGCCAAGAACUACAACGUUCCGUAUGAUGCCGACGCCAUGGUGCUGCCCGAGGUUAGUCUCGGCAAUGAAGCAGCCCUGAUUGACGUAGAUAAUUACAAAAAGCCCGGAGGAGGCAGAGGCGGCGGCGGCGAUGGUGGUGGCGGCGGCGGCGGCGGUGGGUUCACUGCUCCGGCCAUGCCCAUGGCUAUGCCCAUGCCGGUACACUUCAACUACCCACUACCUCCCAAUGGAGCAGAAGCGUUCAAUCCGGCCGUCGGAUCCUACAACAGCUUCCCGCACACGGUGGGAGGAGGGCAGCCCCCCCAGCUGCCCACUUCCCCCCCCACGUACGAGUCCGUAAGUCAUCCUCUUCCCCACGGACAGACGGAGAGGGCGGGGCGUCACUCAGGGAAGAGCGGUUCACUUAGCUUGACACUUUUCCUUUUCUGCAUUUCUACACUUUGCCUGAGUUGGUUUAGUUCCUGCUUUGUGUGCACAGGAAGUGGCAGUAUGGAUUUACCUGUACUGUACUGUACUGUACUGUACUGUACUGUACUGUACUGUACUAUACUGUACUGUACCCUGUACUGCAAUACAACACCAUGGAUGAAGACGACACUUCUUCUCUUUCAGAUCGAUGACCUAACAGGCAAAAACUCUCUUCCUUCCCAGGCCAUAGCUCCCUCAUCACGCAUAUACGACAACAAAGUUCUACCGGACCUUCCUUCUGUCCCCGACACGCUCCCGCCAUCCUACGGCAACAAGACCGCCGCUUCGGACGACAUCGACUUUGAUGACCUUUCCCGCCGCUUUGAGGAGCUGAAGAAGAAGACCUAAGAGUUAGCGUUCCUCUGGCUUUGGAAGACCAUCAGUAGGAAGUAACACAACAAUACAUUUACCCUUAUAUAGUACUUACUUAGACUUCAAUUCAUGUUAUAUCCGAUACUUUAUAUAUAUUUUACUUUCUGGAGUUACCUAGUCUCGUUUGUUUCGCUUUGUGUGACAAUGAAAUGCGGUCUUUCAAAUUUAACAAUGGUUGUCUCGAGAUGUAAUCUCUUGCCACUUUUCAUCCCCGAACCCGUCUAGCAAGACGCACCCGUCGGUUCAGCUUGCACAAUGUUUGUGUAACAAGGUUUCUGUUGCUAUAUAUCUUCACACGGUGAGCGGCCAUGACGCAUACGAUUGAUAAAAAACACAGGUUUCCUGUUUCUGUUACUCUUAUGGAGCUCUUAAGCUGCAUAUGUUUUUUUUAAUGAAAUAUCUUUUAUGGAUAUUUGUGAUUAGAAUUUAAACCUAAUUAUGUAAGUAAUUUAAGUAAAAAACUAAACUUUGUCAGAGCCCAAUAUUGAAAAGUUAAAUGGUUAGCCACUCUGCUAGCCACCACUAGAUGGCGGCUCAACCUAAUUAAAGUAGCGAUUAAAGUGACUAAAACAACCAGUCACUAGUCCACAUGUGACUAGUAGCUAGUUUUUUUACUAGCCUUUAAAAAAAAUAGGUUUUACUACUGAGGCCACCGCAAUAAGUCAUUACAAAGCCACCCGGACAUUAGCCGUAUACUAGCUUACAUAUGAAAACAAAUGUUCACAACAAAGUAUCGCGAUAUUUCUUGUUGGGUAAUGGGAUUCAAGAUGGCUGAAAAGAAUCUGUUUGUAAUGGACAGCAAUGUACGAUAACACAGGUGUCCUGCUUCUGUUACUCUUAUGGAGCUCUUAAGCUGCAAAUGUUUUUUUAUGAAAUAUCUUUUACAUGUAAAUACUGAUGUCAUAGUUCUCCGUAUUUGCUUUAAUCGUGUCAAUCGAGGAUGGAUACAUAUUCAUAAGUUUACAGCACCGUAAAGAGAUGCUAUAGCUACUAUGGAGGAGGGUUAAAAACACUACCAAAAACUGUUAUUACUAUAAGCUGAUUUUACUAUGUACAAUAAAAAUGACCAUUUUCAUCUGCAUCAUUUAUGGACAUUUGUGAUUAGAAUUUAAACCUAAUUAUGUAAGUAGUUCAAGUAAAAAAAAUAAACUUUGUGAGAGCCCAAUAUUGAAAAGUUAAAUGGUUAGCCACUCUGCUAGCCACCACUAGAUGGCGGCUCAACGUAAUUAAAGUGGCGAUUAAAGUGACUAAAACAACCAGUCACUAGUCCACAUGUGACUAAUAGCUAUUUUUUUAACUAGCCUUUUUAAAAAAAAACAUCGGUUUUACUGCUGAGGCCACCGCAAUAAGUCAUUAAAAAGCCACCCGGACAUUAGCCAUAUACUAGCUUACAUAUGAAAACAAAUGUUCCAACAAAGUAUCGCGAGAUUUCUUGUUGGGUAUGGGAUUCAAGAUGGCUGAAAAGAAUCCGUUUGUAAUGGACACCUAUGUACGAUAACACAGGUUUCCUGCUUCUGUUACUCUUAUGGAGCUCUUAAGAUGCAAAUGUUUUUUAUGAAAUAUCUUUUACAUGUAAAUACUGAUGUCAUAGUUCUCCGUAUUUGACUUAAUCGUGUCCAUCGAGGAUGGAUACAUGUUCAUAAGUUUACAGCACCGUAAAGCUACUAUGGAGGAGGGUUAAAAACACUACCAAAAACUGUUAUUACUAUAAGCUGAUUUUACUCUGUACAAUAAAAAUUACCAUUUAAUUUGCAAAAAAUGUCAAUUUUCAUCUGCAUCCUUUAUGGACAUUUAUGAAUUUAAACCUAAUUAUGUAAGUAGUUUAAGUAAAAAACAAAAUUUUGUGAGAGCCCAAUAUUGAAAAGUUAAAUGGUUAGCCAUUCUGCUAGCCACCACUAGAUGGCGGCUCAACGUAAUUAAAGUAGCGAUUAAAGUGACUAAAACAACCAGUCACUAGUCCACAUGUGACUAGUAGCUAGUUUUUUUCUAGUUUUUUUU